AUGUGGGGUUCCUUCCUGCUUUCGAUGCUCGCUGGAGCAUUGACAAUCAUCUUCCUAGCCUUUCUCGUCAGGUUCACUGUCUGGGCAGCAAAGAAGUCCCGCCACGCGAUCCCAUCACGCUACACGCCCGCCGCAAAGCCUGAGGAUGAGCAUAUUCAAAUCCUUGUCCUUGGUGACAUUGGUCGCAGCCCGCGGAUGCAGUAUCAUGCCAUCAGCAUUGCGAAGCAUGGGAGACACGUAGACCUGAUCGGAUAUAAGGAAACGGCCAGACAUCCAGAGCUCAUUGGGAAACCAAAUGUUUCGCUGUAUGCUCUAUCGCCCUAUCCGGAAUGGAUCGCUUGGGGGACCCUUCCAUUGCUGUCGAUUCCCUACAAAGUCAUCCACCAGUUCUGCACACUAUACUACCAGAUGAUGUAUGCAGCACCGGCAGCGCAAUGGAUCAUCAUACAGAACCCACCCUCGAUCCCGACUUUCCAUGUUGCCAUGUUCGUCGCUUGGGUGCGAGGAAGCAAGGUCAUUGUCGACUGGCACAACUAUGGACACACUUUGUUGUCGACCACGCUCUUGCUCCGGCCCCUCGUGCCGAUAUACAGGUGGUACGAGAAGGGAUUCGGUCGUCGGCUUGGUAACGCCAAUCUGGCCGUCACGGAUGCCAUGUGUCGUCAACUCAAGGGCCCGAGCUUCAAGGUCAAAACGCCCGUCGUGACACUCCAUGACCGACCUGCGGCCGUGUUCCAGCCGAUCACUGACCCCAAGGAGAGGUUUGCCGUCCUCUCCCGCAUAGGUGAAACGAAAAAGGACGCCAAGAACAUCAUUGAUGGUACGGUGCGACUCAUUGUCAGUAGCACUUCAUGGACGGCAGACGAGGACUUUGGCAUCCUACUAGAUGCGCUCAUGGCCUAUGCUGCGCCGCCGGCCCACGGUACAAGCACCAUGGACAGCCCAGCCCCCAUCCUUGCCAUCAUCACAGGCAAGGGACCGCAGAAGCAGCCCUACAUUGAAAAGAUCAAAGAACUCGAGAGCCAGGGCAAUCUGCCAGGUAUUCGUAUCCUGACGGCGUGGCUUUCGACACGCGACUAUGCCGCCCUCCUCGCCUGCGCCGACCUAGGCGUGUCCUUGCACAAGUCCAGCUCGGGCGUCGAUCUCCCCAUGAAGGUGGUCGACAUGUUCGGCGCCGGCCUGCCUGUAGCCGCCUACUCGGCCUUUGAAAGUUUCGGCGAGCUGAUCAAGGAGGGCGUUAAUGGCUGUGGUUUCGAGACUGCGCCGCAGCUGACCGAGGUGUUCCAGCGAUUGCUCGGCGUGUACGGUGUCAAGGAGCUGGCGAGGCUGAAGAAGGGCGCUAUCAGCGAGGGAAGCCUCCGAUGGGACGAGGAGUGGAAUCGUGUGGUCGGCAGGAUCAUUGGCGUGGUUGAUUCGUGA